AGACCUCCUGGUUUCCUCGAUCGCUCUGUCUCUUUCGCACUCCCUGGUUGUGCGAGAAAGAGGGAGAGCCUGGUCUCUUGAAACAGAUGACAGGGGAUGCGCAGUGGGUUGCUGCAUCGCGGUGCAGUCAGGUGCAGCGGUUGGCGGCAGCCAGCGGGAGUCGGCGAAUGCACGCGGCCGUUGCGAGUCGUAACUUGCGACGGGGAAGGUCUGUAUCUGUCCAUCAGUGGUCAAGCGCUCCUCGUUGCGGUUGGUUGGUCUCGCCAUCGAAGCGAGGCGUAGGCGCGGCGACAACACGGCAUAUCGACAGGACAUGAACCCUAUCGUGAGUCCUUUCCGACGACAGAGACAGGCAGAGUCGCGUUGAUCGUGGAAUGGCGAUAUAAAGAACGCGGUCGAAUGUCGAGCACCGGUCGAAAUGUCACAGACUUGGAGGAUCCUCGACACCUGGAGCACGUUGUCGAGGUAGAACGAGAGGCUUCCCAAGAGGAAGUCUGCUGUGAAACCUACAGUCGUUUUGAGAUAAGUCCCGAAGGGAAAUUUCCACUAUCGUUUACGAGCAAGGAGCAAGGGUCGCUUGCGCAGUGGAGGUUUUAGUACUUAUCGAAGAAGCAUGGGUCUUCUUGCGAGUCUGUUGGAAUAGAUAACUGGAUUGGUUGAACAUGCCGAGGACAUCGGCUUGGGACGUUUUGAGGAUAUCGUCGAGAACAUCGGAAGGAAACUAUGACCGUUCUAUGUCAUGGCGUUAGCGUUUUAAGAUAAUCCAACGAUAGCAAUUGCCUGGGCUUGUGGAAUGUAACUUCUCUUGAGAAUUCUUUUAAAUAAUGGAAUCAAGUGAGGAGAUGUAAGAAAAGCAGUCUUAUAAAGACCGAUCGAUUCGUGAUGUCUAAAAACCGGAGCAUGAUAUUAAAGGAUACUCCUAAAAGGAGUUACGUCAACCUAAUGUAGCAGUUAUUACCUUCACGAGGCAAAGCACUUAUCGAUAUCAGAGCAAAGAUGUCAAGGCGACUGAGUUUUUAUGGGCUGGUCGGCCUAGUGUCCCUCUGUCUCUUUUUCUUGGCGUUUAAUCAACAUUACAACGGCUACUUGGAACGUCAACUGCAACCUGUGUUAUCGGAAAUCGAGAUAAGGCCAAGAUCCGUGAAAAUUCAAGAUCCAGUCACGAGGUAUCUCGGAACCACUCCAAGCAAUGACACGCUGGAUGAGAUUCAGGAAGUUGUCGACCAACAAAGAAAGGCGAUUACGAAAGAAAUGGAACAUUACAAUUUCCCUAAUGGAAAAAGUGGUGUUAACGUCAGCACGUUAGAUGAUCUUUUAAUGGAAAAAGGUGGCAAGCCUAUGAAAAGUAUCAUUUUGACGACCUGGCGGAGCGGCAGUACAUUUUUAGGAGACGUCUUGAACUCUCAUCCCGCAAAUUUUUAUCACUAUGAGCCACUGCUGGACUUUGGUAUCGUACAAGUUAGAGGGCCACCACUCGCCAAGAAAGCUCUGCACAACAUCGUGUCAUUACUCAACUGUGAUUACAAAGACAUGGAUCAUUAUUUAGAUUACGGGAAGACGCAUUCGUGGCUCUUCAAUCACAAUACACAUCUGUGGAAGCAGUGCCAGGCGCACAAGGAAAUCUGCUGGGAUUGGCGUUUCGUCUCCAAGUUCUGCAGAUUGUUUCCUUUCCAGUCGAUGAAGCUCGUGCGCCUGAGGUUACACAUCGCCGAGCAACUUUUAGCUCAAGAAGACUUGGGAGUUAGACUGGUACUUCUCAUCCGGGACCCUCGAGGAAUCAUGCAAUCGCGAAGACAUCGAGAGUGGUGCCCCAACGUGCCCGACUGCUGGGAUUCUGAAAUCGUCUGCGCCGACAUGGUAUCAGAUUUCAAAACUGCGGUGCAACUGAUUAAGCAGUAUCCUCGGACCUUCAGGAUAUUACGGUACGAGGAUUUAUCUUUGGAGCCUUAUUGGCACGUGCAGAAUUUGUACGAAUUUUACGGAUUGGAAUUUCACGAGAACGUUAAGAGAUUCCUCGAUACUCAUACGAAGAGCGACGCCGGUGGCGUGUCGAGUACUUUUAGAAACUCGAAGGCUACUCCGUUUCAUUGGCGAAACGAUCUGGGUUUCAAGGAAGUCGACGAAAUUCAACGAAAGUGCACGACCGCAAUGAAAUAUUGGGGCUAUGUGCCAGCUAUGAACGCUAGUCACCAGAAGGUCUUUGACCCUCUCACGGAAUAUCGUCUUGAGUUGUGACGAUGUACGGGCGUACCUAAGUUUAACGUUACGCACAGUACUAAUCCAUUGUUAUCGCGGGCGAUACCUCUAGAGGACACUUAUAGGAGAGAGAAAUACCUUGAAUUGUAUUCACUAGGUGUAUACGCUUAACUUUGGAGUCAACCGGUGAAAGUCUAUCCUGGUAGAUGAAUUCCGUUGAAAUUUCACUGAAAGUACCUUCGAAGAAAUCCAGACUCCUGAACUCCAGGAAAACGUGGUAACGAGUAUCACGGAAAGGUGUUCCUACGAGAUCUCGGAAUGUUUUGCCCACCAGAAUGGCUUUCAUCUUUAUUCCGAUUGUGCACUUGCAAACGUCGAGGUGAAGCCCUUGUUAACUGCCACAUUUGCCGUCAAAUCUGCGACGUAGAGUCGAGCAGUAUCACCAUCGGGAUCGAACACGUAGCUGAUCUAAAUGUGCCUGAUAGGAACAAGUGCGUCGAGUCUGAAGGCCACAUUUUGCACCUCGGUAGCUGUGCUUCGCAAGGGAAGGAAACUUAGCACGUUGACAUGUUGAAUAUCAAACAUUUAUUGCAGUAUAAGACUUAGUUUGUAGACUCGCACAAGUCUUAAGUGAUGAUGACCUGAAUGUUUAUUGCAUGAUUGGGGAUCUACAGAAAUAAGUCAGCGCUCGAUGCGACGUAGCACUGAACUCCUGUCGAUGAGUCUCUGCGGUGGGUGAAAAGUAGGAUUUUGGUAAAUUCCAUUUGUACCUUUAACCUAAAGUAUUGCGUCUUAAUUGUGAAUACUUGGUAUUAAUAAUAGAUAUACUAAUUACUUAUUCACGAUGACGUUAAAAUUUGUACAUGGGGGCGAUGCACGCAACGAUAUAACCUCCAACGAAGAACAUAUCGAAGAAAAAUUAUAUAACCAAUCCGUACGAUUGAAUAGUGCGGAUGUUGAUAUUAUUCGUGUGCUGCAUCAUGUUUAAAUUUCUACUCAAGAGAUGCAAUUACUGGAAACCCUUUGUGAAAGACAAUUUCCAGGUUAUAUGUUGAAUCGCUGUGUAAAUCAUAGUAUAUCAUUGUGUAAAUGGUGUGUGUACGGAACAUGGUGGGUGUGAUUACGAUGUAUCGUGUAACCUAACACGAAAUUCUGUAAUGUCACCGAUAUUUUAGGAUCACUAUCACGGUCAAUUGUUACACAAAGUGGACAUAACUUUUUGAUAUAGAUAUAAAAGUCUGUAAACAAGAGUCCAACUUUAUAAACGGUUCCAUCAUGUUUAUUCUUUGUUGGAAUGGAGGCUGUGGAUUUUUAUAUUUUAAGAGAACGAUGGAGAAAAUCAUUUCCCAGGCACUUAGGUACAUAAGCGAAAUCAAGUAAAUGAAGUCACGUCCGGUAAUCUUACUUAUGAUCGGGUUUACUUUCACUUCCACAACUGUCAACUCCAACAUGUUUAUUUGGCACAAGAAACGAAGAUUUAUAAUCAUCAGUUUGAAAGAAACGCCAGGGAGUCCUUGUGUUCACUAUUUUCUGCAUGAUCAUUGACUGCAGCUUAUAGAAUAAAUGCUGCCUUUUUAACAAUGUUUUAUCGCGAUCGAAUGAAAUAGUUUAAGCUUUAUCGAACCAAAGCUCGAAAGUUAUUGCAACGUAUUAAAUUCACGGAAAGUUUUUAGCACCGUGCCUUAUGAACGUGUAAGAAUUGCAAUAUGACAGAAUUUCAGGUGUCAUACUCAUGAUAUAGGAAAAUCUUUUUUAAAUGGACUUGUACAGUAAGAUAGAAUAAUAUAGUAUGCUUCUUAGUAACAGAGGAUAAACGUAAUACAGGAAAAAAUUUUUCUGUAUCAUGGGCAAAUUUCUAGUUUUGGGUCUGUGGCAUGCGCAACAAUCAAGUGCCUAAUCGAAGGACCCAAUGUAUAUUACGCCUCACAUUUAGAUGCGUGUAUGUAAUUGACCUUACAAUAAAAUUGAUUUCUUUGCCUA